AUGGUUUCCAGCUCGUUAUGCCGUGUUUCAUGGGACGACCAUGGAUACUUCCAGACCGUAAAGAGGAAACUUUUCUUGCCAAACGUUGUCGAUGCCCUUGCACUCUCUGUCAGUCUAGAUCAGCCGACGAAAACCCCACGCCUCUCCAAGAAGCGGAUCCGGAAUAUCUCAGACCUUUCUGAAUAUAUACAUGAUGCCAAUGCAGUCAAACGGCAACGCACGUUUCUCAUCAUAUCACAAGAAUACUCUUGGGGUCGUCUUCGCUUCACCCCCGAAGCUUUUCAGAAGCUUAUGUGCUCACUGGAGAUCUUCUCCCCGUUCUUGGACGUCGUGUGCGCCUUCGGUGUCAAGAGCAGCGAUGAUGAGCGUCUGAUUCACGGGUUUCGAUCUGAUGCGCUGUGGGAAGGCUGUCUCAAUCGACCGCACGAAAUCUGUUACAAUAUUCUGUACAUGGAAAAACAUGACCGUGAGCUUCGGGACCCUUGGUCCUUGAGACAAAUGGGGGUGUAUCACCAAUUAGGUACACCGGUCCGAGAUCCUCGAUGGAUAAUUUUGAAUGCCACUAGAGAUGUGCUAUCACGACUGGAAUUGCUACUUCAAGCUGGAUCACACCAGUGCCAGAUGGCGUUACAUUGUGAAUUCCUCUCGAUGCUCAGCUCCAACUGGAUCCUUUACCUCGAGUACCUGAACUCGGAAUGGCGUAAAUACGAGCAGGAUGACAAAUCCCGAUACGCGACAGUCGAUGCAAAGGAAGAAGGCUACAGCAUAUCCUCUCUUGACGUCCAAGAGUUGCACGCACUGGAGAUCAAAGUUCACCGUGCCGAAAUGGCCAUUCGAUCCUGCCUGGAUAUCAGCAACAGCAGUCAAACCUACUUUAGAUCGUUCUCUCAACUUGAUGGCCCGGAGCUGAGCUGUGUCGAAUGCCACAGCGUGCUAGAAACCGUCGCUGCGACUAUGGCACGCCAUAUUCAUGAGCUCGGUAGCUUGGACCGGCGCUUACGAAGCACCCGCGAUCUGCUAUUGCAGAUCCUUGCGUUCCGCAAUGAAGACCUUCUCCAAACAUUCAAUCGCGCGUCGUGUGCUACGCUCGAGGCACUUUUCGAGAUCACAAAUCAAGGGAGAUACCAACAGGAGACGCUCACACGCCUCCUGGGACAGGGUCAAGCAGAUUCAGCCAUGCUAAAAGCUCUCUCGGUAGUGUCGACAGUCUGUUUACCGGCGUCCUUGGUUGCGUCAGUAUUCUCUUCGAAUCUCAUACAGACAACAAGCCAAAGGCAUCAGGACCAGUCUGCCUCGGGACUUGUCCCAUCGCCACAGUUUUGGCUAUAUUUCGCCAUCGCCCUUCCACUGAUGGGAGUUACGUUUGCGUGGAUUACCUACCUGGAUCACAAAGCGCGUAGAAAAGGCCAGAUUACCUAA